AUGUGUCCACUGUCAGCUGAGAAGCUUUUUAAAUGUAUUUGUGAAGAUCGAACUAAUCGGUGUUUGAUAUUUUUUCAUGUAGUCACGGCGCCCUGUCAUCUCAUCAUUUUUAAGGUUAUUUGAGUUGGAGUAUUUAAAUCAAGUUCAUUCACAAAGGCAGGUGGUAAAAGCUGUUGUUGAAUUAAAAAAAAAUAAGUUGAGUGAUUAAAUAUUUAAUAAAACAAUAUGUAAACAAUAAAUAUAUUUUACAAAGAGUAUAUUUGUUGAAAAAAAUAAUUUUUUAAUAAUUGUUAACGGAUUUAACCUUUCUAUUUUCGACAUUGAUAUUAUGUGUCUUUAUUUUUGUAUCUAUUUUGGAAAGUAAUAUGUUAAACAAUUAAUAAAACAUAUAAUGGCUAUGAGAAAAAGAAGUGGAUCUGGCUCGAAACGCCAGCAUAAAGGAAAAUUAAUUCCUAUUUAUGAAAGUUUGUUUAAAGGAGAAGAUGUAACCUUGGGACAACCUAAUUUUUGGAAUGAGUUAUUUUUAAUUAAGCCAAUUGUACCUCAUAUUGAAAGUGAAAUUUUGAAAAUGACAAUGGACCAAAUGACAAUUAGUAAAUCUAAUUUGAAUUCAUUAGUGGGUCACUGUAUAGACACAUUAGUAGAUGAACAUCCAUUUCGAGUUGUCUAUGCCUUACAAACUUUAGCUGCUGUAAUUCAAUCGAUGUAUAAGAAAGUUAGUCAAAAUGAUUUCGAAUUUAAUUUAAUUGACAUCCUUGUGGGUUUGGAUGUUGCAGAGCAGCGAAUGACAACAUUAAUGCAGCAUUGUAAUAAUUUUCUAACUGGAGAAUAUCCACACAGUUUGAAAGCUGUUUGCCUUAAACUCUUGUUAAUAAUUGUGACUGGAAUGGAUAAUUUAAAUCAAAACAAUUUACUAGAAUAUGUAAUGGUUAAUGGAGUUUUUGAAUCAUUAAUUCAAUUAUUAAAACACACGACAGCUCGCAACCGCCAUGGAAAUGAUGCAGUAUUGCUUUUGACCCUUUUAGUGAAUUAUCGAAAACAUGAAAGUAAUAAUCCCUAUAUUGUGAAGCUUUCAAUUCUUGAUGAUGAAUUAGCUUUGAAUGGUUAUGGUCAAGUCAUUUCAAGUUCUUUGACAGAAUUUUGUAGACUUUUUGUACAACAAAAAGCAGAGGUUCAAGCAUCCUGGCUUUCCUCUCUCACUAGUAUAGUGGGAAGUAUGUUUGUAGGUGAAGAAGAAGCUAAAACUCAACAAAUUCGUGCUAAUAAUGCUCUACUUCUUGCUCUUUACGAAGCAACUCAUUUAAAUAGAAAUUUUGUGACCACUCUAGCCUUCACUCAGAAUGAUACAAGUGCUCCACCGUCUCCAAAUAAUACUUUAGGACAUAACGCUGUUGCUCCUGGAUCACAACCACCGGAUAUUGUCGCUCAACCUUUCAAUUUACUUGCUAUAUUUCUACAAUACUGCUCUAUAGUUAUGCAAGCAAUAAAAACUGAAGCUAUUUUGCAUAAUGUUAAAUUAUGUUUCUUAAUAUUAAGCUGCAUUGCGGAGGAUCAAUAUGCUAAUAGCCUGAUGCAUGAUGGCAGUUCUGCAUUUCGAGUUCAACUGCAUCGAGUUCCUAUGCAUCACAGAAAACUUUAUGAUAAAACAGCACCAAGUCAACCUUUAGCUGCAACACUUUUAGAUCUGCUUGUAGAAUUUAUUACCUCACAUAUGAUGAAAAAGUUUCCUCUAGAGCUUUAUCAUCAAUGUAUUGGAGUACUACAGAGAUUAUUAUGUUACCAGAAGAGAUGUGGGGUACGACUUGGAUACCAGUGGAAAAAUCUUUGGACGGCUUUAUUUAAUUUAUUGAAAUUUUUAACUACUCAUGAAGCUCAUUUCAUUAAGAAGAUGAAUAUUUUUCCAUUAGCAAUACAGGUUGUUAACAUUUUAAACUUGUUCAUUACUUAUGGAGAUACAUUUUUAUCAUUGCCUGAAAGUUAUGAUGAAUUAUUCUAUGAAAUAAUACGAAUGAGACUCAUUUUCACCAAUUUAAAUGCUAUGGCUUUGAGAUACUCUACAAUGGAGACGUAUGAAAAUAAAGAGCAUGCCUUGAAGCUCAUGAACAGUCUUGUUAAUAUACGAGAUAUUGUUAACCAUUUUCCACCAAAGAUAUCUGCAUGGCUGUCUAGCGAAAGUCUUUCAACUCCAACGGAGCAACAAAUACUUGAAAUUAUUAUUCAAAAUUAUGACUCACUUGCUUUAAAGCUCCAAGAUAAUUUAGAUCAAUAUGAGAGGUAUUCUGAGAAACCAAACCAUACUACAUUUUUUGAAGAAAUGGUAACUUGGGUUAUAAUUGAUACUCGAUCUUCGAUAGAUUUAAACUCACUUGAUACCCAAGCUAUUCUUCAGGAGCUUUCAAAUAUUUCGUAACGUUUAACUAUUUAAUAUGUCAAUUUCAUCAUUACCUUUGAAUACAACUUAUUUAAGAAUAAAUAUAAGAAUCUUGAUAUUCUAAUAAGAAUAUAAAAAAUGAGUGCAAAAUACAUUUUUCAAUAUUAUUAUAUAAAUAAAAGUUAAAAGUGUAAAAAAAUGUAUUGUAUAAUAUAUUGCAAAAACUGA